AUGUUCGCCGCCGGAGACGACCACACGGUGCUGCUCAGGAGCGAUGGCACCGCGGUGGCCUGCGGCGAGAACCUUCGUGGUCAGUGCGACAUUCCCGCGCUGGUCGCCGACUUGAGCUAUCAUCAAGUUGCCGCCGGAGGGGCACACACGGUGCUGGUCCAGAGCGACGGCACCGCGGUGGCCUGCGGCUGGAACGAUUUUCUGCAGUGCGACCUUCCCGCGCUGGCCGCCGACCUGAGCUAUUUGCAAGUUGCUGCCGGAGAAGCCUUCACGGUGCUGCUCAGGAGCGAUGGCGCUGCGGUGGCUUGCGGCCGGAACUGUACGGGUCAGUGCGACCUCCCCCCGCUGGCCGCCGACCUGAGUUACACGCAAGUGGCUGCCGGGAAGGACCACACCGUUCUGCUCAGGAGUGAUGGCAUUGCGGUGGCCUGCGGCCAGAACGGUGACGGUCAGUGCGACCUCCCCGCGCUGGCUGCCGGCCUGAGCUACACGCAAGUUGCCGCCGCAAGGUGUCACACGGUCCUGCUCAGGAGCGAUGGUGCCGCUGUGGCUUGCGGCCAGAGAGGUCAGAGACAGUGUGACAUCCCCGCGCUGGUCCCCAACCUGACGGAUUUGCAAGUAGCUGCAGGGGGAGACCACACGGUGCUGCUCAGGAGCGAUGGCACCGCGGUGGCCUGCGGCCGGAGCAAUUUUGGUCAGUGCCACCUCAUCCCGGUGCUUCGUGCCGACCUGAGCUAUACGCAGGUUGCUGCCGGAAGAGACCACACGGUGCUGCUCAGGAGCGAUGGCACCGCGGUGGCGUGCGGUUUGCCUGAUGAUGGUCGGUGCGACCUCCCCGGGCUGGCCGCCGGCCUGACUUACACACCUCAUUUGCUGCCGGCGGUGUUCCUGCAGGCGCUGCUCGACGGCGACGCGGUGCGCUUCGUGACGCUCGGCGGGGCGGAGCUCGCCAGAAUCAGGGCGGACCCGGCCGCGCGCCUCGCGGACCUCUCGGAGGAGGGCCACAGGGCCUCGCCGGAGGAGACGGUCGCCAGCGCCUUCGGGCCUGCUUGCGGCCUGUAA